AUGCAAUGUGCUCGGGAAGAAGAUCUCAAUGUGAGCCAGGUUGAUAGUGGUCUUGCAAAAAGAAUUGACACUUUUCGUUACAUCCAAGACAAAAUUGUGAAUACUACCGUUUAUUGGAAAUGUGAAGACCGUUCAUAUCCUGGGCGUGCUAUACAAUAUGGGUUGGAUCAACCAAAUUCAAUACAUCCUGUAUUCGGUACAACAGAAUCUCUUCAACAAUUAUCAACAUGUGAUAAUACUCAUCUGUUUAUGGAUGCAACAUUUAAAUCUUGUCCACGUCCAUUUUAUCAACUAUAUACAAUUCAUUCAAUCAACGACGCUCUAUCAACACCAAAAUUAUAUACAUUAUUACCAGAUAAAAAAGGAUCAACAUAUAUAUCUCUAUUGAAUGGUAUACAAAAUUUAUUUCAUAUGAACAAUAUUUGCAUUAAUCCCACAAUGGGGUUUCAACCAUCAUUUAUUAAUGCCAAAUCAAGUGAUCCAGAUGAAAUUAAUAUAAGAACUCUUUAUAAGAAAACAUGUUCACUUGCAUUCAUGCCACCGCAAGAAGUUGGAAAAAUAUGGACAUUGAUUAUGGAUCAAUUUCAAGAUAUUGAGCAUAUUGAGAUAUUUUACGAUUAUGUCACAAGUACGUGGGUGGAUGCUGAUGCGUUGUUCGAUUUAUCAUUGUCGAAUUAUUUUGAUUUUAAAAGUUCAAAAGCAAAUAAUAGCUUAGAAGGUUGGGAGCAUCGUUUAAAUACUGAUUUAAAUCAUAUCAUACAUCCACAUUUUUAUAUGUUUAUUCGUACAAUUCAAAACGAUUAUGCUUAUAAUUCAGCAAUAUUAUCACGUCAUACAGCCACCAGCGCAAUACCACCAAGAAGAAAAAAACUAUUUGUGAAUCGAAAUGCACGAUUACACGAUUUAAAUCUUGUUAAAAUGUUAUUUCGUCAAGCGACCUUGCACGAAUGA